GUCGGUUAGCAACCACAAUCAAAUCCGGCUCCCGCCUCAGAGACUGACAACUGUCGUGAGACCUCCUCGCCUGAGGGGCGGCGCUGCGCUCGGAGGACCCCAAGCGGGAGGCGAUCCGUUGGUCGGCGGUACACUUGUCGUUAAGCCGGAAACUUCCUGGAGACGGGCCGGUGAAAGGAGUGUGUGUGUGUGUGUUUGUGGGGGGAGGGGAGGACAGAGAGUUGACAGCAGCCCCACGGGGAGGGAGAGAGGAAGUAAAGAAAAAGAACAGCAAGUUAUUGUUGCAGGAAGUGGGUGCUCAGCCUGUGGCAUCCUUCACCUCGCGACGGCAAGAAGUUGGCGAUCAGGCGGCGGACUGUUACUUUUAAUUUAGGGGUUGGCUGUGGUGGUGAUGGUCAGGGGAGGGUCUAGUUUGAGAGCUGGCGGCCGGUAGGCCGGACACGGUGGACAGGGAGUGAGAGCUACCCCCUCCCCGAGGAGUCGCCGCUCCCCAGCAAACCCUCCUUCGCUAAAGUUUUUGCUCGAAGACACGCCACGUCACGGUCCUGGUGCUUUCACCUCCAUCUCCUGAGCUGCUCCACUUUCUCCCUCACUCUUCCAACACCCAUUUGAAUUUAUUUUGAAUACCCUUCCACGCCUCGUUUCACUUGCUGCAUCUUUCACGCUUUUACCUGCAGGCAAACUUUGAUUUGCAGUCUUUUCCCUUUGUUUUUCUUUGUCGAUACACGCUGAAUUUUCAGACCUGUUUUCUUUUGGGCGUUGUUUAUCCUUGCAUUUUAUCUCUUCAUAAGCUUUUGAUUUUUAAACUAAUAUUUCUAUUCUGUUAUCCAGCUCUAUCUGCCUUAUUUCAGUCUAAUUGACAUGGUAAAUUUCCUUUGCUAUGUAUAACUUAUGUUCCAGGAUCACUUAAUCGAUCCCGCCCCAGGAGUGUUUUGUUUGGUACAGUGCUAUUGUUUACCUUAUGCUCCAGCUAUUUUCACCCUUUCAAGCUCUUGCAGAAUUUUUAAAAGUUGCAACACCGUACAAACUAGCAGGGUCAGUUUUCUGUUCGCAAAUGACAAGUUGGGGUUGAGAACAUAAUGUUCGAUACUCGUCCGCUAAUGAGGACAAGAUUCAGUAGGCAGCUGUUUUCUGUUUGAUGAUGUGUAUCUGUCCUUCAUUAACUGUUAAUUCGCAACGUCGAAGAGAGAUGAGCCAAGAAGUCUAACGUGUUUUGUAACCACAUUUUGAGAUUCUGCGAUAUCUCCCCCCCCCCCCCCCCCAAAAAAAAACCUGAUCAAACAUGGCUACUUCAAACUGGGGCCUCAUCAUGAAUGUGGUGAACAGUAUCGUGGGAGUGAGUGUGCUCACCAUGCCGUUCUGCUUCAAACAGUGUGGAAUCGCAUUUGGUGUUGUUCUACUUCUCUUCUGUUCCUGGAUGACUCACCAGUCCUGCAUGUUUUUGGUGAAGUCAGCAAACACCAGCAAGCGCAGGACAUACCCAGGCCUUGCUUUUCAUGCCUAUGGAAAAGCAGGCAAAAUGCUGGUUGAGACCAGCUUGAUUGGUUUGAUGUUAGGUACCUGUAUCGCUUUUUACGUCGUUAUUGCUGAUUUAGGAUCCAAUUUCUUUGCUCAAUUGCUUGGACUUCAGGUAACUCCAGGAUUUCGAGCAUUCUUGCUAUUUGCAGUCUCUGUAUUUAUAGUGCUGCCACUGAGUUUGCAACGGAACAUGAUGGCCUCUAUCCAGUCCUUCAGUGCUAUGGCUCUCAUAUUUUACACACUCUUCAUGUUUGUCAUUGUGCUGUCUUCCUUCAAACACGGCCUCUUCAAUGGUCAGUGGCUUAGCCGAGUCAGUUACGUUCGCUGGGAAGGCUUUUUUCAGUGCAUUCCUAUCUAUGGCAUGUCUUUUGCUUGCCAAUCUCAAGUGUUGCCCACCUAUGACAGCUUGGAUGAACCUUCUGUUAAACGGAUGAGCACAAUCUUCUCAUCAGCCCUGAAUGUGGUUAAUAUGUUUUACAUAACUGUUGGUUCUUUUGGUUACAUCGGUUACACUGAUAAUAUCGCUGGGAAUGUUAUGAUGAACUUUCCGUCCAACUUGGUCACAGAGAUGAUUCGUGUAGGAUUUAUGAUGUCUGUUGCUGUGGGGUUCCCCAUGAUGAUUCUUCCUUGCCGACAAGCUCUGAACACUUUUCUCUUUGAACAGUUGCAACAGAAGGACGGUACCUUCGCUGCAGGAGGAUAUAUGCCACCCUUACGUUUUAAACUUAUUACAGCUGGAAUAGUGUUUGGCACCAUGUUAGGUGGAAUUCUGAUUCCUAAUGUGGAAACAAUCCUUGGAUUGACAGGUGCUACAAUGGGGAGCCUCAUCUGUUUUGUUUGCCCAGCACUUAUCUACAGAAAAAUCCAGAAGAAUAGUUUCAUUUCACAGAUUAUUCUCUGUAUUGGUCUCGUUAUUCUGGUGAUCAGCACAUUUACAACGCUGACUGCAACAAGUGACCAAUCAGUGACACCUGAAAAGCCACUUCAGGAUAUUAACAAUGAGAAGCUACAAAACGAAGGGGACCCCCAACCGAAAAUCUCAGCUCAAAACAGUGUACUUAAAGAAGCCAGUGAUGACAGAGAUCGUCCAAAGUUAGACAAGGAUGCCAUAGAACAACCUCAGAUAAAGGUCCCAAUAGAUCCACCUCAAGACAGGAAUCUCAAAGGCGAGGAAGUGCAGCUGGAUCGUCCUGACCAAGGGAUUGUUCAUCCAGUGGGAGAGGCUCAUCGGCAUGAACCACCUAUUCCACAUGAUGAAGUCAUUGUCGAUGAAGGAAAGGAUGGUGAUGAAUCAAAUGAGAAGAAGCUUCCAGCAAUGAAAGCUCAGCAGCAAGGCGAUGAAAAACAAGGGGUGAAAAUUGAUUUUAAAGAAAAGAUGAAAGAAUUAGGGGAAGAAAAGAUGGUUAAUCCUGGUUUAGAAGAAGAACAGGGAAAGGAAAUUAAAAAGAAUGUCAAUGAUGCUGGAAAUGCUCCAGAGAGUGAUCCAAAGCAAAAGGAACAGCCAGCUCAGAUGGAACCUGAAGUGCAUGCACAAGUGGCAGUUCCUCAAGUAGGUGUAGAAUUGCAUCAACAAAAGUUGAAGGAUGACCACGAUGCGGUUCCUGGAGGAGAUGAUUCAGUGAUUCAUAAUCCAGAAGGGAAUAAAGAAAACAUGAAGAACAAAGAGCUGGAAAAUGGAAAUGAAAAGGAUUUGCCAGCUCUGGAAAAUAUUGGUGCAGCUAAAGUAUUGGAACCACGUGUUCGUGAUGAGAGAGACAGUGAAAAUGCAGUUUUACAAGAAAAGCAAGAUAGAAAGCCAGCUGAAGGUGGUGAGGAUGGUGAAAAACAUAUGGAUCAUAUAGUUCUCCUGAAAGUGAUUAAAGAACAACAGCAGCAACAAAAGCGGCUUUUGGACCAACAGGAGAAACUGUUAGCUGUCAUUCAGGAACAGCACAAGGAGAUCCACCAACAAAGAAUCGAUGAGGACAAAGGACAGCAGGACAAUGAAAUCCCUGUGAAAGAGCAAGCAGAUGAAGCAAGUGAAGAUCAGGUGAAAAAUGUUGACUCUGUCAAUGGACAGAAAGCAGUGAAAUCUCAUGUGAUCAAUGCUGAUUCCCAGGUCAAUUCUCCUCAACUUGGUCAGGAUCUGCCAGCAGUUGAUCACAAUAAAGAUGGUGUUGAACUUAAAGAUGCUCUACAAGAAGCGUGGGGCCAUCUCCCAGGUAACCAGGAUCAAGUUCUUGAUUCGAAACAGAAGGGUGGAUUUGGAGCUCAUGUUGAACCCCAUAAUGGUGCUCAAGUCACCCCUCAGUCUAGAGAUCGUUUUAAAGAAGACCUCCAAAAAAUUGAGGCUGCAGACCCCUCAAAAAGAAGAGAUGGUGAAAGGAUGGUGCCGCAUCUUGAUGCUGAAGUCCCAAAAGCAGUUCCACGUGUCAAAGGAGCAAAACCUAUCCAAGCACAUGGAGUGAGAAACCCAGAUGUUCCAUUGAAUAAUGUGGUUAAAAUUGAAAAGAAAGGACCUGAACCUGGAGAAAGAAAUCCAAAUGUUCCAGAUAAUGAGGCCAAUGUCCCAAAACUUUCUGAAAAUCUUGAUGUUAAAGCAAAAUCAAAUGAAGAGGUUCAUAAGAUUGAAUUAGAAGUUGAGGCCAAUGCGUUAAAAGUGGAAGAAGCAGAAAGACAUAGGAAUGAUGAUAGGAAUGAAAAUCUGAAAGUCAGAGAUGGGGAUACAUUCCAGGAAAACCCUAAACAAGCAGGACCCAUUGAAAACAUGAAGGAAAAGAUUCCGUGGCCUGUGAAUGCAGAUAAAGCUCACAAAGCUAGAGGAGAAAAUCUUAGCAACAAAGCACAAAAUCUUGAUGAAAAGAAAAUUGAGGAAGAGCAGAAGGCUUUAAAAGGAAAUAUUGAUUUUCAACAUGCAGACCCAAACGCACCAUCAAACCGUAAGGAAAAGAAUCCAAGCCAAAAGAAUGGUGAACCAUAUAAAGAUUUGAAAGUUGACGGAGGUGGUGACCUCCGUAGAAAAAAGAGAGACCUAAGGUCAAGCAUGGCUGAAAGCUAUCAAAGUGACAAUGAUAAGUUGAUCAUCAGCCUUGAUCCAGUGCCAAAUUUUAAAACCGAUAAUCUCCGAAGUGCACUGGAGAGUCAAAUAAAACAGGUAGCAGGAGCAUCAUUUCAGAUAAUUCAAAGUCGAAAGAUAAAGCAAGUGACAGAUACAGAAAAAGAUACGUGAUUCAACAUUUCCAGCUUUGCACUUCCAGUGGGAGUCUGUUUUGAAAUUCAAAUAAUGACAUUCCCUGGAUGGUAUUGAGCUGUCUUGGUGUCCUGUGUGCAGCUCAUAGAGUGUCGCAUCUGCAUUGCAUUGUGUGAGCAAAGUCUGCUGAACACAGAUCAAUUAAGUCGGACUUCAAUGAGAAUUCUGAAAUAACUGAUCAAAUGAAUUCAGAGAAAACCAAAUGAAUAUCAGAACCUAGUUGCCUGCUGAAAUAAUGAAUACAAGGAGAUUAAUCAAUAACUGUACCUGUGUAGCUCAGUAUACUACUUGCUUAGAAAUGCUGUUUACUAUAAGGCAUUGCUCAACCAGAAAAUUUAAAGAAAGUGUCUGAAUUACUGGAAACUGCAAUUUGUUAUUCUGUGCACAUCCACCCAGAAGCCACCAAAAUUGAAUGAAAAUGACUUUACUGUUGGGAUUCUGACAUUUAAAUGUACAGUUGACUGAAUAUAGGUCUGUUUUCAAACAUUGGAAAUGCCAUUCCUAGUGUCUUUUUCCUCUCAGGGCAAUGUGCUGUUUCAUUGUAAACAGUAGAAUUUUCUUGUAUGCAUUUCUAAAUGGUUAUUCAUUAGGUUGGUUGAUUGCAUAUCUUAUUGUAAAGAUCUUUGCAAUUAAUAUCUAAUUUGUUUACAAGUGUGCACGAGAAAACUAGCUCCCAGAUUUACAUAUUAUAAUGGCUGAUGUUUUCAAAAUUUCAUUUCAGACUUUUCAGCAUUCCAUGCUAAAAUAAACCAAUUCAGCACCUUUCAUAAUAUAUGCUUUAAAAUGUGGUGGUCUGUUUUCUUAACUUGCUGCAUUAAUUCUUUGCAUCCAUUAUAAUUUGGACACUGACCCUGACUAACGCAUUCAACAAUGUAAUUGUUUUGCACAUUGUAUGUUUCAUUAAGGGUUAAUUGUGCAAUAUUUAAUUCUGACCUUUACCUCAUGGACCUAAACAGCAUACUCCCAUAUUUCGUAUGUCAUCUGCAAGUUCACAAAUGGAAAUUAUCUCCAACUAAUACAGUUUGGUAAACAAAUGUAUAAGGCCCUGUACACAAUAGUUUUUAAACCCUCAUGUUCAUUUGGAAAAUACAUUUUUGUGUUUUUCCUUACAAAGAAUUGACUUUUUUUAAAUUGCCUGGCAAAUAUUUUAUUGAAAGUUUGAAAACUUGGAAUGUCAAAUCGGACUGAAUGUGAGAUUUAGUCACCAGCAUCUGGACUGUUUUAGGUGAGGGCAAGAAGAUAAAUUUAUAUAAAAUUGUAUAACGAAAAUAUAUUUGAAAAAAUUGACUUAAUUCUGCUGGCCUACAUUACUGGUAUUUUGCACACUGUGAGAAAACCUGCAUCCCAAAGGCUGCAGCAGUUCAAGAAGGCAGCACACCAUCACUUUUUCAAGAGAAAUUAAGGAUGGACACUAAUUGAUGGCCUAGCCCAUGAAUAAGUUAGACUGUUCAAAAAAUUUCAUCAUGAUGAUGCCACCAAAUUAGCCCCGUUUUGUAGUUUCUCAAAGAUGUAAUUUAGUAAUAGAUUUUAAAAAAACAAAUUACAAACAUGAACUCUGCACACGUGUAAAUAGUGUUCAAAUCAUAUAGUAUCACGUAUUCUCUGUAGACUUGGAACACGCUGCAGGUUUUCAGUUUUAGAAUUGUUUUUGUUAGAAUAUCAAUUUUAUUUAUGAAAAUUUAUCAGGACAGAGGAUUAUUUUGGCCUAAACGUGGUCACUGUUUUUGCAUAUAAUUUUAGACCAUUAACAUCUUCCAAUAAUUCUUCACUUUCUAGCACAUCACCAAAUCAAAGCAUGACCGCGAAAUGAAUUUUUCAAAAAGAUAUUUACAACCUAUUCCAUAUUUAAAAUAAUGAUAGCUGGUAUCUGGUCACUGCCAGUGUUGUCGGAGAGCAAAGGUUAAAAUUGUCAAUGGAUCAAUUACAGUUCCAAUCUCCUUUCAUUUUAAAUGUAAUUUGUUGAUGCAUGCAUUUUAUAUAUUUAUCUUUUGGCAAACUUAAAGAACCAUAGAGCAUCUGUUGUUAGUGUCAGACAAUUAGAGAACCUGUCUACUUUUAAACGAUAUAAUAUUCUGCACCAUCUCAGUAAACAGGAUGAAUCUGCACUCAGACCCUGGCAAAUGCUGCUGAAGCUACUUGAUGGGAGAUGAACAGACAGUGUUCAUUGCCUUAGCCUCUGGAUUUAUUUGUUUCCUGUAGAUAAGUGCCUGAGUUCCACUUGAUGCCUUUUCUCAAGGUCCAAUCAAGUUUUGUGAACCUACUAUAUGAGUAGUAUAAGUUAUACCUUCUACCGCAUGGUUUCAGUAAGCACUGAAAUCUAAUUUACAAUAUUUCCUGGUAUGAGUGAUUGAAAUGGCUCAAAUUAUUUCCACUUUUCCAUCCAUUUUCCUAUUUAAUGUUUUGUUUCCUUUAAAACAGUGUUAAACUAUAAUGAAGGCAUUGUUAAAGUAAAAAAAUUAAGGUUCAAAACUUUGUCAAUUUUACAGUUCAUUAUCCCACAUGGAUUUUGCAGAGUUUGGGUAGUUUUUUAUCCUCACUGUUAAAAGAUGCUGGCAUUUUCAUCCACCUGUGAAGCUUUUUAAUAGAAUUGCUUAUAAUUUAUUCAUUACAUACCAAAAGCUUUCCCCUAAUAUUUGUAGGUAGAUCUUCUUUUGGUAUCAUUUUAAGCUAUUUCUUGGCCAUGUUGACUCAUCCUAAGUCAGGAUUGUUCUUUUAUCAGUCAUCCUUCACGUUUGAAAUAAGGAGUGAAUGAACUUAAGUCAAAGAAUCUACAAGUGAGACUAGAUGAUGGUGAAGCAGGACUAAGUAAUUGGCACUUUAAGCCAGGGAAACAUUUCUGAUGAAAUCCAAUGUUAAGCAACAUUCCAAAUGAAUAUCAGCUACAGUUGUAAAAUCAAAUGGAACAUUACUUGCAGAUACACCAUGUAUUCUGUCCAGUUGUAAGUGGUUCAUUUAAAAAUAAAGUGCAAUUAAUAAAAAACCUUUUGGCAUAGA